UGCAGAAAAUUUCAGCUGCUUCUAUAAAUGCUGAAGAAACUGAGACCAGUUGGUCAAGAAGAGCCACAGGUACUAAGCGUAAGCACUGAGCUGGCACCAGUGCUUCCAUGCCAGAUGCUGGUGGGACAGAAGGCACUGGGAGAUCGUCUGCUCACCCAAGGUGUGGAGCCACCCUACAGUGCCCCUCGGCUGAGUGCAGGGGAAGGAUAGAAAUGCCUCUCAAGAUAGUGUGGGCUCUGGGUCCCAUCAGCUGCUGAGCUGCUAUGUCCAUCUUUAGCCUGCUCUCCAGUUACCAGCCACCUCCUCCAGCUGCCUCCAAAGAUAGGCAAAGCCACCUCCCUGCGCCUGGGCUGGAAGCGGCAGGGAAGCAGAGGGGGGAUCACAGGCAGAGAUGAGAUUCGUGGGAUUUUUGUGGAAGUAGUGAAGGACGCAACAAGUACGCUGGAGCUAUGGAGUUGCUGUGCUACAACAAGGGCUGCGGGCAAAGGUUUGAUCCCGAGCACAACACUAAGGAUUCCUGCCUGUAUCACCCGGGUGUCCCCAUCUUCCAUGAUGCCCUGAAGGGCUGGUCUUGUUGCAAGAAACGCACAACAGACUUCUCUGAGUUCCUCUCCAUAAAGGGAUGCACAAAGGGGUUUCACAGCAAGGAGAAACCUCCCGAGCCUUUCAGCCAAGAGGAGACCUCAGAUGGGCCGAAGAACAGACCAGUAGCGAUAAUCUAUCAAGGACCAAAAUCAGCUGAGAAGAUGCAGCGGGAAAGACCAAGCUCUGAUGAGCUGAGACAACUGCUGCCAAUUAAAGUAUCCAGGUCUCUGGAGCAAGCACUGGAGAAACUGAACCUGUCCUCCAAGGAUGAGCCACCUGAGGGCGGUUGUGCAGGAGAGGCAGCUGCCCAGGUGAGAGUCGGCACCACCUGCAAGAACGCAGCCUGCAAGGCAAUCUAUCAGGGCCCGGAGAGCAACACAGAAGUCUGUACUUUCCAUCCUGGUGUUCCUGUCUUCCAUGAGGGGAUGAAGUACUGGAGCUGCUGUAAAGUCAAAACGACAGACUUCAACGCCUUUCUGGAGCAGCCGGGCUGCAGCAGCGGGCGGCACUGCUGGACGGGAAAGGGGGACAAGAAGGCGGUGUCGUGCCGGCAGGACUGGCACCAAACCAGCAGCCAGGUGGUGGUGACAGUCUAUGCCAAGAACCCCCUGCCUGCCCUUAGCAGCGUGAAGGCCAACCGCACCGUGCUUGAGGUUCACAUCGUCUUUGAAGGGAAUAAGAUUUUCCAGGCAGAACUGGAUCUCUGGGGGGUUAUUGCAGUAGAAAAGAGCUUUGUGAGCAUGGUCUCCACCAAGGUGGAGAUCACACUUUGCAAAGCCAGCCCUGGCUCCUGGGCCAGGCUGGAGGUCCCCCAGAGCAGGUCACACUCCCAGGGCGAGCAGGAGAAGGAGGCAGCCAACACCGAGGAACCCAGCGCGGUGCAGGAGGAGGACUCAGACGACAGCUUGAGCUGGUCGGAGGAGGAAGACGAGGAGCUGGAGACGGGAACACCAAGCCACUGAUAGCGAAGUGCCUCGGCAGUGGAGCAGAGCAGCUCCUGAGCGGCCGAGGACUUUGACUCCAGAGCCAGCCUGGAGCAUGGGCUGCAGCUCACCCUCUGUCCCGGUCAGAAGGGGCGAGGAAUAAAAACCCAGAGCAAAGGUCACUCUCUCAGUGUCUGAGAAACCUUUCCGUGAAGGAAUAUUUCCUGUGUCUAAGCUGAAUCUCCCCUGGUGCACCUUGAGGUCAUUUCCUCUUAUCCUAUCACCUGUCACUUGGGAGAAGGCACCAACACCCAGUUAUGCUGCUGACCCCCCAGCUGCUUUAGGCCAACAAAAAACCUCCCCUAAACUGUGCCUCGGCCCGUUCUUGGUCCAGUUCCCUUUGCAAAAGGAACUGUUCCCAGGGCAAAGGGAAACAUCACCUUUUUCAUAACGCA